AUGCUCUUCUUGAGUGACACACCAAGUCGGCGUGACGAGGAUGACGGCGAUGCUGCGAGCGGCAUAGAUCUUAGGAGUGCUGCACAGGCGGAGGCGGAGGUGACGGGGUUAGGGAUGCUUCAAGCGGCGUGGGAGCGUGAGGAGCUGCUGCGCGUGCGUCCUGUGGACCGUGCUCCGGUGAUGCGUCUGUCGCGGACGAUCGACUCCGUUGAUGACUGCGACGCGUAUCACUAAACCGCGGGGCAGCGGUAGCAGUAGGAGGAGGUCCUUGGCCUUCGUGCUGUGUGUUCACCAAAACUCUGGCGAGGGGAGCGGCCCUCGCCGGAGGACUCGUGUUGCCAUGAACACCCGGCAACUGAACCGGGCCAGCCUUCUCAUGAGUACGUUGACCUCCAUCGUUCUCCAUGAUUGUUUAGCAGCGGUUGUGAGUGUAUAAUAAUGUGGUGGUAGCCUUGCGGUGGGGGUGGAGGCGGA